CUCACGACUCACGAGCCACUCGAAACGACGCCGCUGGAAAUUUCCAUCCGCUUCAUGGGAUGCUGAUUGGUCUAGAUUCUUCUCGAAUCAAAUCUCUCUCAUAUCAUAAACAAGCCACAUAGGCAUCGUCGUAGCCGAACUCAGCUUCCCCGGGACGUCGCGAUUUGGAGAACCCUAGAAGCAACUCCUCCGUUUCCGUUGCUUUUUGCCUUUUUCAUCCAUCAAUUCGAAUUCUUAGCUUCCUUCGGAUUUUCGCUAUUCGAUUUAGACGUCUGCAUACUUUUUAGGCAUUGGUAGCUGUUGAACUUCCAUGGCAGAUCAGCACUCCAAUGAAGGUUCGAGCAUGGGCAGCACUUCUGGAGAGUCUUCUGAUUCACUUGUAGAGCUAAAGAUCAAGACUUUGGAUUCGCAAAUUUUUAGUUUUCUUGUUGACAAAAAGGCACCAGUUUCAUCGUUCAAGGAAAAAAUAGCUAGGGAGCUUGGUGUCCCAGUUGGUCGGCAACGGCUGAUUUUCAGGGGAAAGGUCUUAAAGGAUGAUCAUCUCCUUUCUGAAUAUCAUGUUGAGAAUGGGCAUACAUUGCACUUAGUUGAAAGGCAGCCUGCCCAAUCACAGCUUUCAUCUGAUGCAAGUUCAGGAGAGGCAGAUGGAAAUAACAGUAAUAGAGGAAAUGAUGCUGCUUCAGGCAUCCCUCGUAAUCGAGUUGGGCAGAUUUCGCACAGUGUGGUUCUUGGGACCUUUAAUGUUGGAGAUCAAGGUGAUGGCAGUGCUCCAGACCUUAGUCGGGUUAUUGGGGCAGUUUUAAAUUCUUUUGGAGUUGGAGGCCAGUCUACUACUAAUGGUACCAUUACACAGUCUUCAACCUCUGCUCCUCAAGGGAAUGAAACAAAUGGAGUGCGUGGUGGUGGUGAGAACCAACAAGGAAAUCAGACACAAUCUGCACCAUCAUUUCCUGGUCAAUCCUUUCAGGUUGCUCAUCAAGUUAUGCCAAUUCCUCUGACUGCAGCACAAGUAUCUAUUCCAUCCCUUAAUACGCCAAUUCCUGAUUCUUUAAAUGCUCUCUCGGAAUUUAUGAACCGCAUGGAGAUGCAUUCUCCAAAUGGCUAUCAGCCACACACAUCUACAACUAACACAAGGGACCAACCAAGGGUAGCAUUACCAUCUGAUGCACGAGGUCUGCCGACACCUGAAGCAUUGAGCAUUGUAAUUCGAAAUGCAGUACGGCUUCUCAACAGUCAUGCUAUUGGUGCAUUGUCUCACAUUGCAGAACGUUUAGAGCAAGAGGGGGAUUCUUCUGAUCCUACAGUGAGGGGGCAAAUUCAAACAGAAUCAGUACAAGCAGGUCUUACAAUGCAGCACUUAGGUUCCGUUCUUUUAGAGCUUGGCCGAACCAUAUUGACGCUGCGUAUGGGAAAUUCUCCUGCAGAAUCUUCAGUUAAUGCUGGACCUGCAGUUUACAUAUCUCCUUCAGGGCCGAAUCCUAUAAUGGUUCAGCCUUUUCCCCUUCAAACCAGAUCCCUCUUUAGUGGUUCCCAUUCUCCAUCAAAUUCUCUGACUGUAGGUCCUGUUGGUGUUGGAAACGCUCCACGGCACAUAAAUAUCCAUAUACAUCCUGGUACUGCACUGUCACCGGUGGUUUCAGCUGUUGGUAAUAGAACAAACAAUGGGGAAGGGAGGCAAGGGGAACGUGGUAAUAAUGCUGGUUCUGGUUCAAUGCGGGUUCUCCCUGUGCGGAACACUGUUGCUUCUGCUCCCCAAGCACGUGCCACUGCUGCAAUGUCCAGUGCUGCACAAUCUGCUCUCACCGAGUCUUCACUAUCCUCUAUGGUUGCUGAAAUCAAUUCAAGAAUUAGAGACUUAGUUAGUAUGCAGGGAGAUAACCAGGAUGCGUCAGGUAGUCAGCAGCCUAAUAAUAUGGUUGCUAGUGGAGCUGGGGAUUCUACUGUUGCUUUACCAGCAAACCUUGAAACUGAAGAACUGAAGUCACAACCUGAACAUGCUGAAGGAAGAAAUGAUAAUACUGAGAGUGGUGAGAGUUCACAGGAUAUAUCACUUGGCACAGUUGGAUGCCCUCCUAGUUCAAGUGGAGAACCUUUGGUGAAGUUGGAAGAUCCAUCAGGAAGUGCUCCUAGAUCCAGUGAGGAAAAUGCCAAACCUGUACCACUUGGAUUGGGGUUGGGGGGUUUGGAACGCAAGAGACGAGUCAAACCAACAAAAUCUUCAAUUGCCGGUGUUAAUGGAACAGCUAGUUCUUCACUUGAUCAAAAUCUGAGUGCUAGAAUGGCUGGUCAACAGAUUUUGCAGUCACUUGCUUCUCAGAGCUCUUCUCUGAAUAGGGUAGAUUCUUCCUCAGGUAAUCAAGGUGUUCUGGGUAGUAGAUUAUCAGGAGGGCAGGGUUCAGAUGAUCAAUUAGCUGCUGCUAAUGCUGUCUCUCAAGUUCUUCAAAGUCCUGCAUUGAAUGGCCUAUUGGCGGGGGUUUCUCAGCAAACUGGUGCUGGUUCACCAGAUGAUUUUAGGAAUAUGUUGCAGCAACUGACUCAAAGUCCACAAAUCAUGAACACUGUUAGUCAACUAGCUCAGCAGGUUGAUAGCCAGGAUAUUGGGAACAUGUUUUCAGGUUUUGGAGGAGGCCAAGGUGGUGGUAUUGAUCUGUCACGGAUGGUCCAACAAAUGAUGCCCAUUGUUUCUCAGGCGCUUGGUCGUGGGCCAUCUGCAACUCCAUCCUUCCCUGCUGUAGAAUCUAAAUCACAGGAUGACAUUCAACAAAUUGCUCAGAGGAUCGAGCAGUCUAACGUACCAGAUGACGUCUUCCAUGCUGUUGCCGAAAAUGCAGUUCAGGUAUAUGGCAAUGGGAGGAAUGCUGAAGAACUUCUAAAUGAGUUGUGUGGUGAUGAAGGUCUUGCCAAGGAAUACACAGAGAUGCUAAAGCAGGACUUGCGUCAAAGGUUUCAGGAUAAAUCUGAGAAGGAUAAGUUCUAGCUCUCUUGAUUCUGAAAAUUAAAACUUAGUUCUUUUGAAGUUCUAAAAGUCGUGCAGCUAAUUACUGGGUCAUUUCUUACCCAGAUUCUAUCAUGAACUUAGGCUUCUGGGGGAUUGUUUGAUCUUAUAUUUGUUAUGAAAGUGCUCUUUGUUUAGUUGUUGCAUCAAAUUGGAAUUAUCAUGAUAAAAGUAUAUUCUGUUUUCUAGAAAGAUUCAAGUUCCACUAGCUUUUUUCUUUAGGUUGGUUUCUUCGAUAUGAAAAUGUAAACAUCUAUUACCAGUUUUUUCAAUUAACUACCUAUCCUCUAUUGAGGUCAAA